AUGAAAUUACAAAACGGUGCUAGAGCUACAGAGUUGGUUGAUGUUUUUCCAGGUCUGCCUGGCAAUGAUGAAGAUGGAUAUAGGUUUAGAAAUAUAAAACAUUCAGCCUCUGUGUUCUCUGAAAUUCAUGUUUGCGAUGAAGGUAUUUAGUGAUGAUUUGUUUUUAAAUUGGCUUUGCCAGUUGGCCCUAUCACCCAAGUAUUAUAUUUGUUUGUUAUCUUGGCAUUGUAUAAGUGAUAAAAUGAAAUUCUUACAUGUUGUAAGUUUUAUCAGCUAUUUUUGCUUUGUUUAUUUAUUAUAUAAAUUAUGUGCACCUUUGAUAUAUGCCUUGGGCUGCUAUGAGUCAUCUCUAUGUCGAACCUACACCUCAACUAAUAAGAUUUUGCCUUGAACUUUUAGGUAAACAAGAAGAGCUGAAGCCAACUUUUGUAUAA